AUGUCCCUGGCCGUCGAUGACGCGGGACGUCGCCGCACCCGCUCCAGAUCGACGUCUCAUGACCGUCGUCGCGAGGACGACCAGCACGACCGCAACCCCAUUGCCACCUACGCCGAUGCCCGGGAACCGAGCUACGUCUACCCGGAGGACGACCUAGGGGACCGCUACAAGCCCGGACGCCAUCGUGAUCCGGCCCAGUCAAGCUCCUCCUUGCCUUAUCCGACCGAUGGCGGCAUGGAUCGAAUGGCUUCGGCCGGACAGCAGCCUCCCUACAGCACCUACGACGAGGCCGGUCCGCAUUAUCGCACAGCCUCUCCUUCACAAUCGCACUCGCGCCCGCACGACUCGUCGUCGUCGUCGUACCGCACCUCCAAGACGAGGCUCGACGCCCAGCUCCCGGGCAGCUUCCCCGAAGACGACUACCGCCCCAGCCGCGACGAGGACAAUCGGGACCGCCAUCGCCAUCGCCAUCCAGAGCCCAAGGAUGCCAAGCACGACAGCGGUCAUGACGACAGCCCACCCCGCGUGCGAUAUGCAGAACCCGCCUCCAAGGAUAGGUAUGAGAACGACGACGACAGGUUCAAGUUCCUGCCGCAGAAGUACAGCCGUAUCUAUGACCCAGACGCCGGGAAUGGUCGCCAGUCGAGCCGCGGCAAGGACAGGCCGAGCGAGCGACGGGCGAAACAGGAGCGGGAGGAAGACGACGACCUGGCCUAUGGCCGCCUGCCCCCGACCAAGUCCUUGCGGCCGGAAUCACCGCCAACCUACGGAAGCUACAUCUCAGAGUCCCAGCUGAGCGAGAUGCGCUCCUCUCGCCAUGGCAGGGACGGCAGAGACGGUAGGGAUGGUAGGGAUGGUAGGGAUGGCCGAGAUGGUCGAGGUGAUCGAGGUGACCGUGACCGCGACCGCGACCGCGACCAUGACCAGAACUCGUCUAGGCACGAUGACAGGCGCUCGUCGAGGUACCAGCGAAGGGAUGACGACGACGAUAGGCGCCGCUCGAGCCCUCCCGAAGAUGCCUACGGCUUCAGGAAAGCCCACCGUGCCGACAGCCAUCGAUCCGAACCGCGCAGCUCCACCACCAGCGUGCUCACCGUCGAGCCUGCCAAUCGUGAGCGGGACCGAUCUCGGGACCGUCGACGGGACAAGUCGCCCCAGCCUCCCACCGCUCGCAUGUCCUCCUUGAACAUCGAUGAAGGUCGGUCCUCCAGCAUGUCCCUCUCUGUCGCCGCCGCCCCUGGCUCUCCUCUGCUCGAAUCCUACCACGGAACCUACCAAGCCUGCUCGCCCAUGCCGUCGCCCCUUCUCCUGCCGUCCCAAAACUCGAUCGAGGAUGCCAGGGUCGUCGACGCCCUCUCGUCCUUGGGCUCCGACUUGGACGCCGACGGAAGGCAGCGCAGGCGCGCGCGAUUUCAUGACCCUCAAGACAUCGCAGCCACGCUCGCACGUGCUCUCCGUGGCGACAGGGCCCCGGACAUCACGCCCCUCAUCGAAAUUCUCCCUAGCCUCACCCACGAACAGGUCAUGGAGCUGCGUGUCGAGUACAAGCGCAUUGUCAAGACGGGCUCCGAACGCAAGGGUGUCAACAUCGCCAAGCACAUUCGCUCGCGCCUCAAGGACGAAGACCCGAACCUCAUGAAGGCCUGCUACUCCGUCGCCCUCGGCAAGUGGGAGGCCGAGGCUUACUGGGCCAACUUCUGGUACCAGGGCGACAAGAACCGCCGAGAGCUGCUGAUCGAGACGCUCAUGGGUCGGACGAACCACGAGAUCCGCGAGAUCAAAGAUGCCUUCACAGACAAAAAGUACGAAAACAGCCUCGUCAAGUGCAUGAAGGUCGAGCUCAAGGAGGACAAGUUCAAGAAGGCCGUCAUGAUGGUCCUCGACGAACGCAGGAUGGACGACGUCGACCCCUACGGCCGGAGGGUACCCCUCGACUAUGAGCUCAUCUAUCGCGACGUCGAUGACCUGCGCCGGGCCGUCAAGGCCGAAAAGGGCGGUGAAAGCGCCAUGAUUGCCAUCGUCGUUAGGCGGAGCGACACCCACCUGCGCGAAGUUCUCCAGGAGUACGAACACCACUACCGUUCCAACUUUGCCCGCGAGGCUCUCAAGAAGAGCAACAACCUUGUUGUGAGUCACAUCCCCUCUCUCUUUCCUUUCCAUCCACUCGCAGGCUCGUCCAUCCUCCCAGUGCUAACCGGUUUUCCUUUGUAUCAUGUAGGGCGAGCUUCUCGCACACAUCCUCAAUGGCGUCAUCAACCGCCCCGUUCGAGAUGCUCUGCUUCUUCAUCACGCCCUUAA